CUAAGUGAUGAUCUGCCUGCACUCGUACGGCGAGCUGGUACGCUCUGAUCUCUCUGCCUCUCAUGUUCCUGUUCACUGUUAAUCAGUGUCCCACAUGCGCCUUCCUGCACACACCUUUCUGCUUCACUUUCCACUAAAUCUUUCUCUCAUCUUUUUAGGGGAACAUUUAUUUUACCAUACGCACUGAGUGAAGAAAAGGGAGGAGAGCGCUGGGAUUGUUUUUGGCCGAGAGUAACAACAGCAGCAGAUGCUUGAAGAUAAUUGUCGUUCUUGGCCCACCAAAACAAAGGAAGAUCUUUUUCCCGAUCUUCUUCAAGGGUCCCGAAGUUAUCCUCCCAAUUAAUAUGGAUGACUGACGAGUGCACACGUUGAGAUUUUUAACAUUGAAAAUCUAGAUGGACCCAUAGCAACGGGGAAAAGAAGACUUAACCCAAGAAGACAGGGAAUUUAAAGGGGACAUUAUGAACACCACCGAUCACCAUGGAUUAAUCCAAGGCUUCUAUAACAGGAGCCAAACCUCAGGACUUUUGCCAAUUAACAAAGACUUAUCAACUGAGGAGAAGGACUCGUCAGCAGGGUGCUACGAGCAGCUGCUGAUUUCCACAGAGGUUUUUCUCACCCUGGGCAUCAUCAGCCUGCUGGAGAACAUCCUGGUUGUUGCCGCUAUUGUCAAAAACAAGAACCUUCACUCACCCAUGUAUUUUUUCAUCUGUAGCCUAGCUGUAGCCGACAUGCUUGUCAGUGUCUCCAACGCCUCAGAGACUAUCGUCAUAGCGCUCAUCAACGGAGGCAAUCUGACCAUCCCCGUCACGUUGAUCAAAAGCAUGGACAAUGUGUUUGACUCCAUGAUCUGUAGCUCUCUGUUAGCGUCCAUCUGCAGCCUGCUGGCCAUCGCCAUUGAUCGCUACAUCACCAUCUUCUACGCGCUGCGAUACCAUAACAUCGUCACCCUGCGAAGAGCAAUUUUGGUCAUCAGCAGCAUCUGGACGUGCUGCAUUGUGUCGGGCAUCCUAUUCAUCAUCUACUCAGAGAGCACCACUGUGCUUGUGUGUCUCAUCACCAUGUUCUUCACCAUGCUGGUGCUUAUGGCUUCGCUGUACGUCCACAUGUUCCUGCUGGCCCGUCUGCACAUGAAGCGCAUCGCUGCGCUGCCGGGCAACGCGCCCAUCCAUCAGCGAGCCAACAUGAAGGGCGCCAUCACCCUCACCAUCCUCCUCGGGGUGUUUGUGGUGUGCUGGGCGCCCUUUUUCCUCCACCUCAUUCUCAUGAUCACCUGCCCUAGGAACCCCUACUGCACCUGUUUCAUGUCCCACUUCAACAUGUACCUCAUCCUUAUCAUGUGCAACUCCGUCAUUGACCCCAUCAUCUACGCCUUCCGCAGCCAAGAAAUGAGAAAAACCUUCAAAGAGAUUUUCUGCUGCUCGCACGCUCUCCUGUGCAUGUGAGCCGCCUGAUAAGUGUGAGCAGAGCUUUGACUCUGACAGCUGCAAUCAGCAAUUUAAAUGAAACUUGGCCGACAAGGACUUUGAGACCUGUGAGCCGUAAACACUGUGGAAUCAUCGCUGUGGCACUGUUGUGCCCAGUGUUCUUGUAGUCGGCUGUUAAUGAUUGACCAGUAAGGCGCUCGCCUUUAGUUAUGUGAGUCAGAUUGCUGAAGAGGUAGGUUUACAGACACCUUGUAAAAUAGAGCACAGCUCUGUAGACAAAUGCUCUUUUGUUAUGUAGUAAAUGUCACUCUAAAGUGCAAUUUGAAAUAAAU